GGCGCACGGCCGCCUCCCCCUCCUCUUCUUCCUCCUCCUCCUCCUCCUCUUUCUUCGGCGGCUGCGGAGCUGCGGGAGCGCCAUGGCUGCCAACUGCGAGCGCACCUUCAUCGCCAUCAAGCCCGACGGCGUGCAGCGGGGGCUGGUGGGAGAAAUCAUCAAGCGCUUCGAGCAGAAGGGCUUCCGCCUGGUGGCCAUGAAGUUCGUGCACGCCUCUGAGGACCUUCUCAAGCAGCAUUACAUCGACCUGAAGGAUCGGCCCUUCUACCCCGGCCUGGUGAAGUACAUGAACUCCGGCCCCGUUGUGGCCAUGGUGUGGGAGGGGCUCAAUGUGGUUAAAACAGGCAGAGUGAUGCUGGGGGAAACCAACCCUGCGGACUCGAAGCCCGGCACCAUCCGUGGGGAUUUCUGCAUCCAAGUGGGAAGAAACAUCAUCCAUGGCAGCGACUCUGUAGAAAGUGCCCAGAAGGAGAUCAACCUUUGGUUCAAACCAGCGGAGCUCAUCGACUACAGAUCGUGUGCACAUGAUUGGAUCUAUGAGUGAUGCCAGUUUCCACAAUGAAUUGUGCCUUCUGACUCUCAUCUCACUCCAGCUAACAAUCUGGGAGCAAUUAGCACAGCGGUUAUCUUGAUGACUUUUCAGAACCAUCAAAAAUAAAUGGAUGAUAUAAAUGAA